AUGCAUCUUUGUUUUCCAGAUUCUUCUCAUCGUUUUACUGCUGGCGAGAAAGACGACUUAUCCAGGCAUGAGUUAUCGAGUGUGAAGUUGAAAUUUCUGGAUGACUCUCAAGUUGUUGCAAGUACCGCGCUACAAACUACGGUCGGACAGUUCAAAAGGCGUUAUUUUUGGGAAUCAAUUCUGGCCGGGAAAGUGGUACGGUUGAUUUAUCGUGGACAGUUGCUACGAGAUGAUACGCGAUCGUUGUUAAGUUAUGGUCUGCAUGAUCAGUGUGUGGUACAUUGUCAUGUUAGCUCGACACCGUAUGCCCAACCUUCCUCCUCUUCCACUGCAAAUGCUCCAUCAAGCAACAGUGGUCGAACGCGCGAGCCUGCAGAUACAAAUGGUGGCCGAGGGACAGCUGCUGCAGCAGCGAUUGCGGCAAUUGCUGGCGCACAAUCUGUAUCAGUGAAUGCAGCCGGAGAGCUAACUCGACGAAUCAUUCAAACUUUCCACGGUCGAUCCAUAGAAGAAAAUCGUAAUGAUCCAUUCCUUUUACGGAUACGAAAUGCAUUGCUGCGGUUGUUUCGCUAUUCCUAUAAUGCAGUGAUGGGGCCGGAUCCAGGCCCAGCACCGGGUGAUGAUGAUGGUGCAUCGUUGGAUGCAGCGGCCGAUGCAGCAGCACGUGGUGGUUGGAAUCAGAAUCAGAAUGCUGUUGGAAAUCGAAUUGGUCAAUACAUUCAUAUUAUAUUUAUCGGUCAGACAUUUAUCGGUAAUUAA